AAACAACUUGAAGAUACUUGUUUAAUAUUUGCAUCAACUCAAUUUUUGGUGAAUAUGUUAUCAUAUGCAUAACAAAAUUUCAUAUAUCAUCAGUUCAUGUUUAUGGUAAGAUGGAUCAAUUGGAUCGAAAAGAAUAAUUAGAUAACUUCAAAAAGAAUCAAGGAAAAGUCCUUAUUGUAACUGAUUUAGCCAGCAGAGGUAUAGAUCUUCCAUUUUUUGCCAAUGUAAUACAUUAUGAUUAUCCUUCUAAUCCUAAAAUAUUUAUACAUAUUAUGGUUGUACAGCAAGAGCAAGUAAAUUAGGAUAUGUAUAUGCUUUGAU